UCAAUCAUAUAUAUUUACGACAGAAAAAACCAAGUAAAUGCCCCCUAUCAUAUCGAGAGCCUAACAUACUAAAAAAAAUGGAACCUAGGAUCCAAGAAGCUGCUCAAACAGGCAAUGUCGAACUACUGCAAGAAGCUAUAAAAUCAGACAGCCUUACACUCAAAAGGGCAGGAAUAUCGACGGCCACGGGAGACACGCCACUGCAUAUCGCCUGCCUGGCUGGGAACCUACAAUUUGUGAUCGAGUUACUCAAGCAUGGACAUGGCAAGGAGUUUGUGUACCAACUGAAUCCAGACGGUCUAAGCCCUCUGCACAUUGCGGCAGCAACAGGGCAUGUGGAUAUUGUGAAGGAGCUUCUGAAGGUGGAUUGUGGGCUGUGCCUAAUGAGGGGGAGGGGGAAGAGAAUUCCCCUCCAUUGCGCAGCUGUGAAAGGGAGAGUUGAUGUUGUUCGGGAGCUGCUUCUGGCUAGUGCGGAGUCUAUUGAAUUCACGACAUCCCGUGGGGAGACAGCACUUCAUUUGGCUGUAAAGAAUAAUCAGUUACAGGUACUUUCAGUGAUGGUCGAGCAGGCGGAGAAAUUUGAUGUGAUCAACUGGAAAGAUGAACACGGAGACACUGUUUUGCAUCUUGCUGCUGCAAAGAAGCAACAUGAGGUGGUUGAUCUUUUGGUGAGGGGAAGUAGCAGUAGAGGGAUUGAAGUGAAUUCGAUGAAUGGAAUGGGCAAUACGCCGCUUGACAUGCUGCACACGGGACCGAGUGAAUCAGGCGACAUUGCAAUACACAACAUAUUAGCCAAGGCUGGAGGGCUGAGAGCCACAGAAGAAAUACAAAGGCAACGAACAGAUAACGACAUAUUAUCCGCCUCACCUGCAGUGGAUGUGGAUCUAAAAGGAUCUUCUUACUUGUCCCAAUUCAAAUUCAACCCCGGGAGAGACAAUCCAGACAAAGUCAGAAACAUUCUUCUCCUCAUCGCCACAUUGAUCACAACCUCAACAUUUCAGGCUGGGCUCACGCCUCCAAAAAUUCGGAAAAAUAGAAGAGAUGAAGCUAGUGAUGUGGGUAUCAGGAAGCUCAUAGUCUUUGAAGGGUUUCUCGAAUACGCACUGAUUGUGUUCUUGAUCUUCAACACACUAGCUCUGAUGUCGUGCCUGUAUAUCAUUAACAUUCUCAUCAAAGGGUUCCCUCUACAGAGAGAGGUACGAGUGUGCAUGGUGGCACUGGGCACGUCAUAUUUUGUGUCCAUGUUAAUCCACCUCCCUGAGACGUCGUUCUACAUCCUGUUCCUUGUUGCCUUGACACUACCACUGCCAAUUCUAGCUUCUGUAAAGGUGUACAGGUCGGUGUUCUGUGCAAGGGAAGAGGUAACCAGAGCCGAACAAAUGAACCAAGUCUAGAAAAUUUCGACAUAUAAAUACUAUAUGACUGCAGUUAUUUAAUAAGCGCCUUGUGUGGAUUGGAUUGUAAGAUUCCAGUCUUGUAAUCUUGAACUGCACUUUGGUAAUCAAAC